AUGCUGGUGGAUCCAGUGUAUUUGAAGUACAUCCAGAAAUCAUGUACUCUCCACUUGUUUUGUAGCAGCCAACUGAUAGAGAAAUUCUGUGAAUAUGAAGAAAGUCUUCAGAGUACAGAACUCUUCAGCUGUAUUCCAGAGCCUCCUGUGAACCUGAAAUCUUCUCCAGGACUUUCCACAUGUGAGAAGCAUGUGUGUGGAGAAGGAAGCAUUGGCCAUUCAUCUCUAGGUGCACCCCUAAAUCAUCAGGUAGGACACAAACCUCAUAAAGACCAGGAAUAUGGAUGGAAGUUGUAUAAACAUAAGGAGUUUGGGGGCAGCUCCAGUCCUCUUCUGUCCCUUCAGACACACAAAAGUGCUCACACUGGAGAGGAACCUAAAAAUAAGGACUACAAAGAAGACCUUCCUUGUUUCAGACCUGAUCAAAGCUAUGAACAACAUGACCAAGCAAAGAAGUCUUACGUAUGUAAGCAAUGUGGGAAAUGCUUCUCAUAUCUCAAUUUCUUAAAAACACAUGAAAAGAUUCAUUGUGGUAAAAAUACCUAUGUGUGUGAACUGUGUGGGAAAGGCUUUGUUAGGUUAGGUUACCUUAUCAGACAUAAAAUAACUCACACUGUUGAGAAGUCUUUUGUAUGUAAUCGUGGUGCAAAGCCCUACACAUGUAAUCAGUGUAGGAAAAGUUUUUCUCGCUCUACUUCCCUUCGAAGACACACAAGAAUCCACACUGGAGAGAAACCCUAUGUAUGUAAACAAUGCGGGAAAGGAUUCAUUACUUCUAGUAACCUUCAAGUACAUGAACGAACUCACACUGGGGAAAAACCUUAUGUAUGUAAGGAUUGUGGGAAUGCCUUUAGGCUUUUGAUCCAAUUGCAAAAGCAUGAAGUAAUUCACAGUGGUGUGAAUCCCUUUGUUUGUAAGCAAUGUGGGAAAAGCUUUACUUGUUCUGGUUCUCUAAAAACACAUGAAAGAAUUCACACUGGGGAGAGGCCCUAUGUGUGUGAGCACUGUGGGAAAACCUUUGGUUAUUCCAGUACCCUUAAAACACAUGAAAGAAUCCAUACUGGAGAGAGACCAUAUGCAUGCCAGCAAUGUGGGAAAACCUUUCGUUAUGCUUUUUAUGUUCAAAGACAUGAACAAAUCCACAAAAGAGAGAGGCCCUAUGAAUGUAAGCAAUGUGGGAAAGCCUUUCGUUAUGCUUUUUAUGUUCAAAUACAUGAACGAAUCCACAGCAGCAAGAGACCCUAUGAAUGUAAGAAGUGUGGGAAAGGAUUUAUAGCUUCUAAUCAACUGGAAAUACAUGAAAGAACUCACACUGGAGAGAGACCUUAUGUGUGUAAGCAGUGUGGGAAAGGUUUCUUGACAUCAUACCGUUUGGGAAGACAUGCACUGAUUCAUAGUAGAACAAAUAAAGAUGUUUGUAAGUAGCAAGAGAAAGUCUUCUUUUAGUUAGCUCUUAUAGAAAUCAAACUACAGGAGAGCGAAAGUUAAUGCUGAAAAUGUGGGAGAAUGUCAUAGUGGAGAGAUAAGUUUUUGUUUGUUUGUUUGUUUUUUGAGACAGAGUUUUGCAAUGUAGUCCUGGCUGUCCUGGAACUCAUUCUGCAGACCAGGCUGGCCUUGAACUCGCAGAGAUCCACCUGCCUCUGCCUCUUUAGUGCUAGGAUUAAAGGUGCACACCACCGCUGCCAGGCUUGAAAAGCUAUUUUUUUAAUCAAUGUGGCUUUUAGUACUAGUAGUUGCCUUCAAAUACAUGGGAGCAGACACACUGGAGAAAGGCUGCAAGCAACGAGAGAACGUCGUCUGCAAUCUUCUCGUUGUGAAGAAGAUGUGAAAUAUCUCACACUGGAGAGAAACCUUGUGCACGCAAUGUAGACAGCCUUUAGUUCUCUCAGGGCCCCAACAGACACUGAAGUUAAUAUUUGGGAGAGAAAGCUUUCAUACAUGAGAAAUCGUCCAGAUUUUUCAAUUAUCCCAGGUUCUUUUGCAGACAUGAAUAUAGUACAGGUUAAUUCUAAAAUAUAGAAUUUGUGAAGUCUUCAUUACCACUUUCAUAGCAUUUAGAAGAAUGAAUCUUGAGAAUUCAUCAUUGGAAAACAUGUGGGAACAUUUUUUGGUUCAACUCAAAAAUUGAGAAAUAACUGGGCCGUGGUGGCGCACGCCUUUAAUCCCUGCACUCGGGAGGCAGAGGUAGGCUGUUCUCUGUGAGUUCGAGGCCAGCCUGGGCUACAGAGUGAGUUCCAGGAGAGGCACCAAAACUACACAGAGAAACCCUGUCUCAAAAAACAAAAAACAAACAAACAAAAAAUUGAGAAAUAGUAAGGUUGGGGAAACAAACAAGUUUGAUUAAAAGAGACAAUUGUGGCCGGGCGGUGGUGGCGCACUCCUUUAAUCCCAGCACUCGGGAGGCAGAGCCAGGUGGAUCUCUGUGAGUUCGAGGCCAGCCUGGGCUACCAAGUGAGUUCCAGGAGAGGCGCAAA